UUUAUGUAUUUAUAUAAAUUUAAUCAAAUUGAAAAUUCUUUUUAAACCUUUAAUAUAUAGUAGUGAUAAUAGUUAUAUGUGUUAAGCUCUAGUGAAAAUGUUCAAUGAAUGGAAAAAAUACUCAGAACAUAAUGUGGCUUUACAGAAACAGUCACAACAGAAAAUUUUGCAUCUUAGCUGCCUAUAAAGAGUCAUGACAUGUUCUGGCAUUUUAAAAAUGCCAAUGAUGUAAAAUUCAUGUUCAGACUGUUAAAAAUUAUACCACAAUAUGUUCCAGCAUUAUUAGUAUACCACAAUGCUUUGUUGCAGAGAUAACACAAGCAUACAACAAUUUGCCAUCUUAACCACAAUGAUGAAGAAAAGCAGAGCCAGUUCAAAGUCAUCUCACUCAUUUGUCAGUGUUGAUAUGAUGUCAUAUUAGCAAACAUGUCUGGGCUCUAUCAAUUGAUCAGCACCAAGGAAGGCUUACUUAAUUGGUACUAUACUCUCAGUGAGUUACAGCUGCUGACAGCUUCAUUAACAUAGAUGUAUCUGCAUGUUUGUUAACUCAGCAGCUUCAGCUAUAACAUCUGCAAGUAAACAGGGCUUCAUAUACUGUAAUUGUGAGGAGACCCUGCAUCAAUAAAAUGUGUAGAUUUUAUUUGAACAAUAUUAACUGUAAUUUUAAGUGUUGAUCUAACAGUUGCUGCAAAAAUAAUUAAGCUUGGCAUUGUUCUUUAUUAUACAUAUUUGUCAUGUAGCCUGAAUUCUUUAUUUGCUACUACAGAGUAAACAGGAAAUGACUAUGAUAUGUUGUAGUAUGUUGAUAAUGCCAAAAUGUAUUGUUGUCAUAUUCUUUUAACAGUCCCAGUAAAAAGUUGCAUCAUGGCAUUUUUUCAAAUGCUAGAUCAUGUUGUGCUCUUAUAUAAGCAGUUAAGAUACACAAUUUCUUGUUGUUGCUUUUUCUGUAAAACCAUGACUUGUUCUGGUCAUUUUUUUUCCUGCUCAUUAAGUGUUUUUCAUCCUUGAGCCUAAUUUAUUCAAUAACAAUUAAUGGUGACAGCAAUUGCAGUAUGUUAAAUAAUUUUUUAUUUCAAUAAUUAUGGUUGAUUUGUGUUGCUUUUAAUCUUCAGGAAAUUCGGAUAUUUAGAAAUGGUGAAAAAAUGAAACUAAUAAAUAUAUAAAAAUGUUUAUUAAAACAAUUACUUUCUUUUAUAUAAUAUAAAGAAUGCACUGGAAUUGUAAAUAAUAUCAGAAUUAUAAUUAACAAUUAAAUAACCUUCUGUUAUAGAGAUCACUAUUUUAAUAGUCUUCAUUAAUCAAUUAAUAAACUUACUAAUAAGAUAUUAAUGUUAAAAUGUUAAAAGUAUAUUUAUUGAUUAAUUUUUGGCAUGUAUGAUGAGUAUGAGAGGCAUUCAAUAAGUAAUGCUUCCAUAUUUAUAUACAGGCAUGAUGGUAAGAUAUCAAACUGAAACCAAAACAAGAACAAAGUUUAGUAUUUCUAAUUUAAUUAACACACUUAAUUUCUUUACCUAGUUCCCUCAUGUUUGAUACAGCUACGCCAAUGUUUAACAAGUUUUUCAAACCCAUCUCUGUAGAAAUCUUCAGGUUGUUCUCAUAACCAUUUCCUUGUGGCUGCUUGAAUAAUUUCAUCACGGGUGAAAUGAAUUCCUUUGAGAUGUCUCUUGAAAGUAGGAAACAACCAAAAGUAGUCAGAGGUAAGGAUGGAAGUAAGGUUACAACAGUUGUUGCCACUCCUGGACAAGGUCCUGAUAGACCACAAGAAGUAUCUUAUACUGAUACCAAAGUUAUUGGCAAUGGAUCUUUUGGAGUUGUAUAUCAAGCUCGUUUAUUGGAAACAGGGGAAAUGGUGGCAAUUAAGAAAGUAUUGCAAGACAAGAGGUUUAAGAACCGUGAACUUCAAAUUAUGAGAAGGUUGGACCAUUGUAACAUAGUAAAAUUGAAAUACUUCUUUUAUUCCAGUGGUGAAAAAGUAAGUAUUGUACCUCAGUUUAUGAAUGAUAUGAUUUGUUAUAGUUUGUUUUAAAAAGGAAAACUUUUU